UUCAAUAGUAAUAAAUGUGGCGAAACUGAAAUUUUGAUAAUUGACAUCCAUCUAUACUUGACAUUGCCCAAAUCAAAAUAUUAUACGAAGUUUUUUAAGAAUAAAACAGAAAAAAUGGCAAUGUCAGUAAUUUUACAAAAUGCGGCAAGAACACAAGUUCUGGCACGAAACUUUAUUAAAUUAAAUCCGGCGGCUCCACGCGUCUAUUCUCAAUUGCUGAAGAAUGUUAACAAGAACAAUUUCGUCUCAAAGAAAAAUCUCGUAUCUGAAGUUGCCAAGAGGAAUAUGUCGGCAGACCACAGCAAAUUGUGGCCCAUUGAGAAGGCUGUAACUCUUGUACUUCUCGGAGUGGUCCCCAUCACGUUCUUCUCACCGAAUAUUGUUACAGAUGAUAUAUUUGCUAUUGCUACCAUUCUCCACACACAUUGGGGCUUGGAGGCCUGUUGUGUAGACUACGUUAGGCCAAUCAUUUUUGGAUCUUUUAUCCCAAAAGCAACCCUUGGCUUAUUGUAUGCUGUUUCUAUACUUACUUUGGGAGGUCUCAUUUACUUCAACCACAACAGCAUUGGAAUUGGCAAAAGUAUUCAUAAGAUUUGGGAAUUAAAGAAGUCACAAAAGUAACUUAAUACUGCUGGAAUGUAUUAUAGUUAUUGUAUUUCUCAUGUCUUAAUAAGUAAUUAAUUUUCAGUGUAAAUAAAAAUGUUCACAAAAGUUUAA